UUACAUACGCACUUUUUUUUUGGUUUGAUUUGAUUUGGUUUCGUUAUUAUUAUUAUUCGAAAUCAUCAUCAUCAUUUUAAAAUAGCCCAUCAAGUAACACAAUAAUAAACUGAUUUUUUUUCAAUUGGUCAUAUACUUACACAUGUAUGACAAACAAAUUGUGUGUGUGUGUGUGUGUUAUUUAUCCGCAUCAACAUUAUCAUUAGUAAAUGUAUAGAGAAAUGUAUGAAAUGUGACAUCAUAUCAUCGUUAUAUUAAAAAAAAAAAAAAAAAUCUCAUCAUCUACCUACACCUUAUGCUACAUAUACAAACAUAUUAAAUAGAUAAAUAAUAAAUUUUUUUUUUGUUAACAUUUAGUCCACUCAAUUUUUAAUUGGUGAUUUAUUUUUCUCAAUAAUCAAUAAAUAUAAAAACAUUGUCACCUUUGAAAUUUAUUUACCUGAAACGUCAUUUGAAUUUUUUUUUCGUUUUCAAACGUCAAUCUUGAAUAUCAGAACAUAUACAACGCAUCACUAGUCUCAUUUUUUUGUUUGGAAAAAAACACUGCUUAAAUUUUUUUUUUUUUUUCAUUUAAAAAUUCAAAAUAACCACAAAAACCAUAAUCAUGGCUAUGGCAUCGAACAAAUCGUUUAAACAACGUCGAUCAUUUGCCUUGCGAAAACAAGACAUUGAUCAAAUUCGUCAAAAAUAUCCGGAUAAGAUACCAAUCAUUGUGGAACGUUUUCAUAGUGAAAAACAAUUGCCCAUAUUGGACAAAACCAAAUUUCUAGUGCCUGAUGUGAUAGUUCUUGGUGAAUUCAAUAAAGUCAUUAGACGACGAUUAAAUCUUCAUCCAAAUCAAGCAUUCUUUCUACUGGUCAAUGGACGUUCAAUGGCAUGUCAAACAUCUACUAUGGGUGAAAUUUAUGAACGUGAACGGGACGAAGAUGGCUUUCUUUAUUUUGUGUAUGCAUCACAAGAAGUUUUUGGCUGUUGAAUAUGAAUGAAUGAAUGUAUAACAAGAACAAAAGUUGAUUCACCUCAUCCUUAAUGGAGAAUAUGCAAUCUCAGCGAAAGAACAAUAAACAUCGACAACAACAACAACGGCCAUUAUCAGUUUCGAGAUUCAAGAAUAUGUGGACAUGUUUAUCAAACACAAAACACCAUUUACCGGAUAACGACAAUACACACAUUUUCACGCAAAUUCAUUUCAUUUUACAGCUAAACAUCAUACAUAUGUAUCAUAACUUUUGUUUUUGUUCUCAUUUUUUUUCACGUUUUCUUUUCUCUCUCUCUCUCUCGCAAACAAAAUAUCACCUUGUGAAUAUAUAAAUAAAUAAAUAAAUGAAAAACAUUCAGGUCAAAUGUCGACACACUGUCUAUAUGGCAAACAAACAAAAAAAAAUUGAUAUGAUAUGAUACGAUCUUUGAAUAUUUUGAUCUUUAAUUUUUUUUUUUUUUUUUUGUUGUUAAAAUGUAAUGGCACAAUAUGAUUGAAAUCACAUAUAUUCAGCCAAAAUGAAAGAAUUUUCAAUUUGAAUUUUGUCCCCCAGUGUAUCUCAUAAAAAUGAAAUAAUUUUUUUCUCAUGCCACAAUAAAUUACGAAUUUGAUUAGUUUUUCA